AUGAGCCAUGGAAUUUGUAUUCCAGUGAAUGACCAAUAUGAGUGCAAGUGCAAUGCUAGAUUUUCUGGAAAACAUUGUGAAAUUGAUAAAGGUUCACCAUGCGAACAAAAUCCUUGUCAAAAUAAUGGAAAAUGUGAAGAAGAUCCUUGGGGAAAUUAUAGUUGUAUCUGUGAUGCAACACAUACUGGUAUUCAUUGUGAAUUACAAUCUGAGGCUUUACCGUGUGAUGAAAAUCCUUGUAAAGGAAACGGAACUUGUAGAACUUUACCAGCUCUAAAUAGAAGAGAAUGUGUGUGUUCUUUGGGUUUUAUUGGACCAUUAUGCGAAUUGGAUGUAGAUGAAUGUCAGUUGCAACCUUGUAAAAAUGGAGGGCUUUGUGAAAACGGUUUAAACAAUUUUAUUUGCAACUGUGAUCGAACAGGAUAUACUGGAACCCAAUGUGAAAUUAACAUAAAUGAAUGUGAGCCAACCAAUCCUUGUUUGAAUGAAGGAGUGUGUUUUGACAAUUAUGGGGGAUAUACUUGUCAGUGCCUUUCUGGUUUCGGGGGUCACAAUUGUGAAUUGAAUUUAAACGAAUGCAUUUCGGAGCCGUGCCAAAAUGGCGCUCGCUGCGAGGACAAAAUUGGCAGUUAUGAGUGUGUUUGCAGACCCGGUUUUACCGGUAAAAAUUGCGAAAAAAAUAUAAAUGAAUGUAACGUUCAACCUCCUCCGUGCUCUCCUAGUCAAAUUUGCGUCGAUGGUAUCGCAUCUUACUUUUGCGCUUGCAAGCCUGGUUAUGAUGAAAUUCCUCCGACGUGCGCCAAAAACGAAACAUUAUCUCCUUGCGCAGUAGACGUCUGCAAAAAUAAUGGAACAUGUUUACAAUUUGAAGAUAAUUUUUUUUGCUAUUGCCAGCCGGGAUUCAAAGGAAAAACUUGUGAAAUUAACGAAUGCUCUUUAAAUCCGUGUCAAAAUGGCGGUACUUGUUAUGGAGUAUUAAAUGGCUAUGUUUGUGUUUGCCCCAAGGAAUAUUUUGGAGAUCAUUGUCAACUGGUUCCAAAUCCAUGUUUAUAUUCAAAUUGUUUAAAUAAUGGGUUCGAAGGCUUAAAUUGCGAAUUGAAUAUAACAGAUUGUAUUGGAGAAGCUUGCCUCGAUAAUUAUACAGUAUGUUCAGACGGAUCAAAAAGUAAUACUUCAUGCAAUUUACCCGGCUCUAAAACUGUUAAAUCGUUAGAUCCUUGCUCUAAUUCUCCUUGCAAUAAUGGAACUUGUCUACCCAUCGGGGACGGAUAUUCUUGUGUUUGUCCCAAUGGAAUAACUGGUACAAAUUGUGAUCAAGACAUUAAUGAAUGCAAUGAAAAUCGUACUAUUUGCAAUACUGGCAUAUGUGGUUACCAGUGUUACUGUUUGCCAGGAUAUGCUGGGAAUCAUUGCGAUAUUGACGUAGACGAAUGCUUAUCAAAACCAUGUUUGCACGAUUCAGUAUGUGAAAAUAAGAUCAACAGUUACAAUUGUAUUUGUAAGCCAGGAUAUACGGGAGUCAAUUGCGGUAUUAAUAUUGACGAGUGUGUAUCGAAUCCUUGUCAAAAUGGCGGGACUUGUCAAGAUGAAGUGGCUGGCUUCACUUGCUUUUGCCCUCCCGGCCUCACCGGAAUUAUGUGCGAAACUAAUAUAGAUGAUUGCGAACCUCAACCUUGUCAAAAUGGUGGAAUUUGCAUUGAUGGUAUUAAUAGUUAUGAAUGUAAUUGCACUGAUACUGGUUACUACGGUCAGAACUGUCAAUUAAAUAUAGACGAUUGCGUUAGUAAUCCUUGUACAAAUGAUGCUCAGUGUAUUGAUCUUGUUAAAGGGUAUAAAUGUAAUUGCCAUCCAGGUUAUUCAGGUUUGAACUGUGAAAUAGAUAUAAACGAAUGUGAGUCUCUUCCUUGUCAAAAUGGAGGCACCUGCUUGGAACUUUCAAAUAGAACUCUUUAUGAAUUAAGCAAUAACAUUAGCUUGCCUGAUGUUUUUUCCAAAGAUUUUAAUUUUAAGGAAGCUGUAGGGUAUGAAUGCGUUUGCGUCCCAGGAACCGUCGGCGUGAAUUGUGAAAAAGACAUAAAUGAAUGUGACAGUAACCCAUGCCAUUUUGGAUCGUGUAAAGACGAAAUUGGAAGAUAUAAAUGUGAGUGUGAAGAUGGUUACGAAGGAGAGUAUUGCGAAAUAGAAAUUAAUGAAUGCGAAAGAUACAGGCCGUGCAUAAACGGAACUUGUUCGGAUCGAAAAAAUGAUUAUUAUUGCGAUUGCGUUUAUGGAUUCGGUGGUAAAAAUUGUUCCGUUGCUCUAAUUGGCUGCACCAAAAACAAUUGUGAAAACAAUGGAGUUUGUCUGCCUUAUUUAGAAAAUGAAGUUGAACAUAAAUUUAAUUGCAGUUGUCCAAAUGGUUUUCACGGAAAACUUUGCGAAAAGGGUACGACCAUGUCUUUACGAGGUACAUCUCACGUUCUUGUAAAUACAACCAGGGAAGAAGGAUAUGAUAUUCAAUUUCGAUUUAAAACGACUUUACCCAAUGGUUUGCUUGCUAUUGGCAAAGGAUUAACGUUCUACAUUUUGGAAUUAGUUAACGGUCGAUUAAAUCUCCAUUCUAGUCUUUUAAACAAAUGGGAAGGUGUUUUUGUGUUCGUGGCAAUAAAUGCUUCACAUUUGGUACUGGCUGCCAACGAAGAACAAACUAUAUAUCCUAUUAGCCUGAAUGAAGCUAACACAUCUCACACCAGUUUUCAAACUACAUAUUUAGGCGGUACUUCAUCAUAUUUGAAAAAUUUAAUUCACGGUCCUACUUCUUUUAUCGGAUACAUUCAAGAAUCGCCCAUAGUAUUAGUUGAAGUUGAAGUUGGGUGUCCUCGAGAAGAGCAAUGUAACCCUAAUCCAUGCCAUAGUGGAGGCCAUUGUACUGAUUUAUGGAGUGAUUUUAAUUGUACUUGUGAAAGGCCGUAUUUGGGACACACGUGUCAAUACAAUUUAACGGCUGCCACAUUCGGCCAUGAAAACAUCACUUCCUCCUAUGUUAUGGUUUUGGUCAAUGAAACAACUCAAAGAGCUGUAAGAAAUAUAGUGGAUAUUUCUAUGUUCAUAAGAACCAGACAAGAUAGAGGUUUAAUAUUCUACUUAGGUACAGAGCCAGGCUCUGUUUCUUACAACGAAGUAACCUCAAUAGUAGCUCAACUAGAAGGUGGAGAACUACGCGUUAAAAUACAGUUUGAUGAAAAUCAAGAGUCGUACAGUGUUGGAGGUGUGAAGUUGGACAAUGGUUACAGACAUCUUAUACAAGUAAAAGUUGUUUAUACAAAAUAUUUUAAAAAUACUAUAGGAGCGUCGGAUCAUUUAAAUGUAGACGUUUUAUAUUUGGGAGGAAUGCCAAAGCUGUCGCCUUUAAGUAAUUUUAAACUCGAUGAAGACGUGCAUACCAACGUAGCCGUUCAUUCUCUUCCACGCAUUAAAAGACAAAUCGAGUCACCUCCUACGAGCAGAAUUGAAAUAGCACCUGAUAGUAAAAUGAAAGUGGACUCUUCUAAACCCGAUUCGGUUUUUGCUGGUUUUAAAGGAAUCAUUCAGGACGUUCAAGUGAGUAUAUUUUCAACUUUAAUCAAUGCAAAAUUUGUAAGAAUUGCGGUGUUUAGAGCCAUUCACGAAAUAAGUGGAGGUUCGCGGUCGAAAUGGGUCGUUGAAUUUUUUCCUUUGAAAGUCGCCGAUUUAGAAGUUCCUCCUCAAUUUGGAGAGGUAACUUUUGAUAAAAAUACAGUUUUGGAGGGAGAAAUAUCAGACGAUACCUGCAGAAGUGAUCCUUGCUUGCACAACGGAUCUUGCACAAUAACAUGGAAUGAUUAUAGUUGUAAAUGUCCAAGAGGAUAUAAGGGUAAAUCAUGUCAGGAAAUGGAAUUCUGUCAACUUCAAGACUGUCCUAGCGGAAGUCAAUGCAGAAACCUUGAUGACGGUUACGAAUGCGUAGCUAAUAUUACACUUCGCGGUUUAAAAUCUGAUCUAUUGAGUUAUACGCUCGUCGGAAAUUCUAAACAACGAGGUUUCGAAGAUGUCAUUUUGGAUUCUAUUAACUUGGUAUACCGGACUCGAUUUGGUGGAACAAUACUUCACGUAUCAGACAACAAAUACUAUCUUUCAAUUUCAGUUUAUAGGGAUGAAGUUACUAUAAUAUGGAAAUUAGACGAUACUCCAGGGGAUAUCAAGCAGUUUCACGGGGAUAGAGGAGGGCAAUGGACGUCGGUAUAUAUGAAAAUGAAAAAUGGCAAACUUUUAGGAGGUUUCACAGAUGCUUCAGAUGCAGAUUUUACAGUGAAUAAUUUUCCCGUUGAAGCUUGGCAGCAUUUUCCAGUUUCUACCAAUUCAGUGAAUAUACCGUCUGGCGAUUUCCUCGGGGGAUUUUAUAAGGGAUGUUUGGGCGAAAUACGUAUAGGAAGUCUUUUACUUCCCUUUUUUACACCGGAUUAUUUGUACAAUGAAAAUUUCACGGCUAAAAAUUAUUUUGCUUUAGACUCUGCUCCUGCUCGUUCAAUGGAGGAAACGGGAUGUAUUUUAUGCUACGAAGAAGAUUGCAUGAAUGGAGGAACUUGCUUGGAUCCGAAUACGACGUUUGCUUGCGACUGCCCUGUAGGAUUUACCGAAAGUGAUUGUUCGAAAGACAUUGAUUGGUGUGAGGGUGAGGGGAGUCAUUGCGAAAAUGGAGCUACUUGCGUUGACGGAAUCGCUAAUUUUACUUGCUCUUGUCCGAUUGGAUAUUCCGGUGUUCGCUGCGAAAUUAAUAUUGAUGAAUGCGCGUCUAAUCCCUGCGUGAACGGAGAAUGCGUGGAUCAAAUUGGAUCUUUUAAGUGUAUUUGUAAGGAAUCUUAUAGCGGAGAACGUUGCGAAAAUUUAAGGAUAAUAACAUGUGCAGAUCGUCCAUGUAAAAGAGGGUCCUCUUGCACGAACGCUUUUAGCCACUGGUGA